AUGUGGCCUCCAUCACUCAGCGAUUCCUCCUUUCACAUACCUUCAUUUUCACCACUACCACCACCACCGCCUCCACCACAACUGUUGCCUCCUCUUCCGUUGAGUAUGCUUCUUAGAUGCCUUUCUCCAUCUGGUGUCGAUAUUCCACUACUCCGAGAAUCUAACGAGCAUACUCCUCGUUCGCCUACCUCAUCCUUUAAUCAGCUCGAACAGAAUGUCGAUUUUACGUUACCAUUCCUCCUUCAGCAGUCAAGAAUCUAUCCAAUUCCAAAUGAACUUGAGGCAAAGCGAACUCAACGUUCCUAUGUUGCAGAAGAGGCUUCCAUCUCAAAAAAGACAAAGCGCUUGCAUAGGAUACCAAGAAGUGAAAAUGAAAAUGCCAGUAAUGGAAAUAAAAAAUGUAAAAAAAUCAGCGCUACUGCCCAAAACGACACCAAUGAACAUAUCGAAGAUAUUCGACGAUUUGCACGUGUCUUCAAAAUGAAGCGAUUGAGUUUGGGCCUCACACAGACGCAAAUUGGACGUGCAUUGACAGCUGGCGAUGGACCUGCUUACAGUCAAAGCGCUAUUUGUAGAUUUGAAAAGCUCGACAUCACACCAAAAUCAGCCCAGCGUAUCAAACCAGUAUUGGAGAGGUGGCUCGCCGAGUUGGAGGGUCGCCGUCCUGGUGAUCAGAUAGUCUCACAAUCAGCUACUCUGGGGGAUAGGAGCGGUGUCUGUGGAAGUGUCAGUGGCAGUUUAGAUGAGAGCGGACCCUAUCGUGCCGACUGCGAGUCAGAUGAGUCCUGUACGGGCAUUAGGAAGCGCAAAAGUCGAACAAAUUUCUCGGCUAAUGCGUUGGAGCGUCUCAAUCACGAAUUUAACAUAAAUAUGCAUCCAUCAGGUUCAAGAAUAUCCCAACUUGCGAAUCAGUUAAACUACGAUCGCGAGGUAAUCCGUGUGUGGUUCUGCAACAAACGUCAGUCAUUUCGCAACAGUGGCAGCCAUUCGGUGGGCGGCAGUCGUGUCACUGAUCAGAAUACAUUGUGGUUACCCUAUUCAUCCCCCAACGAAGACGAGAUCCCAAUCGAUCUUAGCAAAAAGGCAUCUUCUCCCACGACUUUUCAAUAA